GUUUGCAUUGCCUUUGCCAUCGCAGAGACCUUUUUUAUCAUAGCGUUCCUCUUCUCUUGGUACUACAACAGUGCAACCAACAUCAACUUCAGGCCUGUCUCCUAUUGCGUUUUGAUUGGGUAUAUCUUCUGUUUUGGAGGAGUAGUGCUUGGGAUCCUCCAAAUCACCAUGGGAGGGGCUGGUUACCAUGCCGAGACACUGAGGCCGGAAACGGUGAUCACAAUGCGUAAACUCGUGAAAGCACACGAAUUCGUCUAUGUCUCAUCAAUACUGUUCCCUAAGCUCGCGAUACUUUACCUGUACCUUCGACUUUUCGCUUCUCGAACGAUGCAUGCCGUCAUAUAUGGAACGGCAGUGCUCGUCAUUGCGACAUUCCUUUUUGGCUUGUUUGCCUCGGUUUUCAAUUGUCGACCGUUCUCUGCAUUCUGGAAUCGGAAGCUGGAAAUGCACUGCGGGAUGAAUGCAAUGGCUGUUUUCCGAUUCUACAGCAUUCCAAAUAUCGCAUCAGACGCCAUAUUGAUCCUCAUACCGUUCCCGGCCUUGCACAGGGUUCGCGUCGGGUUACUGAGCAAGAUUGGACUCUAUCUGACCUUCUUGCUCAUGACCUUCGGCAUUAUCACCGCAGUCCUGCGCUUCGUAUCCUUUCUCAACGUCGACCUUUUCCAAGAUAUCACCUACCUCUGUGUCACAACAACAAGCUGGACAGUCAUCGAACCUGGAGUCUAUCUCAUCGCUGCAACCAUGCCGACCCUCCGCCCUCUGGUUCGCCGUAUCUUCAGACAGGCG